AUGGCACAAGGAGAAGAGGAACUGUUUUUCCGGGACCCUCCCGCAGCCGCGGAAAAAGAGCACCGCUCCAGCGUCGUGUUGAGGGCCUGGCUCGCGCUUGUAUCGCCCUUCACGUUCGUCUUAAACAAGUUUAUUCGCCUACUGCCGUCCUCGAGCAACCGCAAGAUGUCCGUGUUCACCGUCUACGUCGGGCUCAUGCUGGUCUUCAUCGUGCCCACCAUCUUCUACAUGGACGAGAGCAUCGUUCUCCCGUCCAAGAGCAAGUACGAGGUCGACUCGGAGACCUCUUUCCGCAAACUCCAGAAAUCGCACACCGACAUGCUGGCCUAUGUGGUAUUGCCUGCCGACAGGCACACGGAGCCGCACACGCCCAGCCAGACGCUUUUUGACCAGCGUGUGGCCGCUGCCGCGUGGCUGAGCCACCUGAAGCAGCACCUGAAGGACAACCACGGCGUGCUGGACCCCGACUUCCAGCUGCCCUUCUCGUGGGCCGAGUGGGUCGACCUCGAGUCCAAGCUUGUUCUGGACAAGCGCCAUCUGCAUCUGUGGAAGAGUUACCACCCAGAAAUGCAGAAUCGCAAGUUCUCCGACCUCACCUGUGCCGACUUCAGGCUGCUCUACGCCGACAGCGACGGGAUCCUCGAGACGUGCACCGACAUCAGCCCGGAGGAGCGCGCGCGGUACCCGUGGUACCCGUUUUCGUUCAGAAUCACCGACCGCACGGGCUCCAACCUUGCCGAGGCCGGCCGGAUCCUGUAUGGCGCGUCGUACAUGCUCAUGACGGCGCCGCCGCCCGCUCGCGUGCACUUCAUCGGCGCCGGGCUCAACAAGUCGUCCGUCGUGCUGCUGACGGAGCGCGACCCGGUCUCGCACGUGCCGAUCGUCAGCAACCGGUCCAGAGACAUCUACUCGAUCGGCGCAGAGCUCGUCGACAACGAGGCCCGUCUGCGCGGCGUUUCGGUAGACAGAGUGCGCCGCGACGGCGUGCGCAUCGACAAGAUGGUCGGCGAGCUGUCCGCCCUGUUCAACUACGACGCGUCGGUGCAGACCAUCUACAGCGAGGACGAGCUCGUUCUCGACAAGUCCUACCUGCUCAAGCUGGACGCCCAGGUCAACGUCAUGACCAGCGUCGAGAUGACCAAGCAGGAUUUCGUGUACGAGCACGAGGACAUCAUGAACAGCAUGAAGCAGCGGAUCGAGAAGCAGCUCGAGGCGGCGCCCGACACCAACCUCGACGCGCUGUUCGACCACCAGCUGCUGAAGAACAUCGAGCGGGAAAUGGACCUGUUCGAGGCCAACGGCCAGCACAUGCCGUACCUGCGCGAGGCGUACGUGAACAACACGAACCUGGGCGCGCAUUUCGACUGGCGCUUCUUCAACGGCAUCGACCACCCGCAGGAGUACCGCAAAGCGAUCAUCCACCGGAUCGGCCGCGCGUGGCUGCGCUUCUGCUACCAGUCGGGCUUCCGCACGUUCGUGGCGUACGGCUCGAUGCUGGGCUGGAUCCGAAACGGGCUCACGCUGCCGUGGGACGAGGACAUCGACGUGGUCGUGUCGGUGGACUCGCUGUACAAAAUCGCCAGAAACCACAACCAGACGCUGAUCGUCGACGUUUCGUCCGAGGACAAGUACGCCGCCGGCAUCGGCUCGUACCUGCUGGACAUCGGCCCGUCGUUCUACUCGCGUGUGCGCGGCGUCGGCGCCAACGCCAUCGACGGCAGAAUGAUCGAUACCAUGUCUGGGGUUUACGUGGACAUCACCGCGAUCGCGUGGACGCCGGACUACUUCUCGCAGCACGGCAUCGACGACGUCCUCCGCACGCUUGUGGACCCGGAGUACCGAAACAAGAUCGACAGGCUCGAGGACAGCGACAAGGAUCGCUACCGCGAGCAGAUCGACAACAAGGCCAGAGACAUGCAGAGAGACCACGAGAUCUACCACUGCCGCAACGACAACGUGUACCGGCUCGACGAGCUCACGCCGAUGGUGCCUACGUACUUUGAGGGCGUCCGGACGCACGUCCCGCACAAGUUCAAGCAGAUUCUCGACAGAAAGUAUCCGAGAGCGUUGGAGCGCACCACAGAGCCGGAAAACCAGCCGUUCCGCACGUACAAGCGAAACCUGCGUCUCUGGGUGGACGACGCGCAAUGUCCCGGCGACGACAACGAGGGCCUGCUGUGCCGCGACGAGGACGUGCUCGAGGAGUACGCCCACACCAAGGACUACACGGCCCGCCACCUCGAGCUCCUUAAUCACAUCUACGACAAUGCGCUCAGCAUCGAGGAUGAGACCGUGCCGAUGCGGUACGACCAGUUCAUCGUCAGGUACGCCCAGCGGCUCAAUGCCAGGCUCGAGUAG